AUGGCUUCGGACCCUCGGUCAACGGCAAAUCAACGCAUCGUAGAAGAUUUGGUCUCUAGAUUACGACGACGACAACUUGUAGGAUCUCGUGCUACAGCGUUAGAGACAUUACUAGUCCUGCGCCAGGUCGUUUCAAAAGCCCGAUUUUCAAAUAUCGAUCAACUGGUCAAUGUCAUACGGAUUGUAGGACGAAGGCUUGUGGAAGCUCAACCCAAAGAGCACUCUGUUGGAAAUACCGUCCGAAAAGUCCUCCAUCACAUACGUGAAGAAUAUCAUACCGCAAGUGAACGACCAACAGUCCAGAGUUCAUUUUCGAUAGCGAAGUUUGUCCUUCAAGGUCAACCAAGAAAACAAACACCCAUACCACGCUCAGAGACACGGGUUUCUUUGAAGGAAAACGAUCCAGAUGACCCAGACUCAUUUGCCCGUGUACUCAAACCUGUUCUCAUGGAAGCCAUUCAAGACGUCUUUGACGAACUAGAGACUGUCUAUGAUAAUAUCUCUAAGAAUGCUAAAGAUCACAUUCAUUCCGAUGAGAUUAUCCUGACCCUUGGCAUGUCGAGAACCGUACAGUCCUUCCUAAAGUCUGCUGCACAUUACAGAAAUUAUACAGUCAUUGUUGCUGAGACCGCACCAUCUUAUGGAGGUCGUGAAAUGGCAGCAUCACUCUCAUCCGCUGGAAUCUCUACAUUCCUAGUCCCCGACUCUUCGAUUUACGCGCUCAUGUCUCGUGUCAACAAGGUAAUAUUAGGAGCCCACGCGAUACUCGCCAAUGGGGGUAUGUUUGCGACCUCCGGGUCGCUCCUGGCCGCAACAGCUGCACGUUCAUAUAGCACUCCUGUUGUGGUUUGUGCGGGCCAGUUCAAAUUAACGCCACUCUGGAAUCUUUACCAUGAAUAUGGAGCCUUAGAUUUUGGCGACCCAAGUGCAGUCUUGGGCUUCGAAGAAGGUGAUCUCGUGGACAAGGUUGAUGUUGUCAACCCAUAUUAUGAUUAUGUUCGUCCGGAACUACUCGACGUCUUUAUCACAAACUAUGGUGAUCAUCCUCCCUCUUCAAUAUACCGACUGCUCAAGGAAACGUAUGACGACGAGGAUAAUGAAUUGUAA